AUGUCAACCCUUAUCAACCACAACUCCAACAACAACAACAACAACCAAAAUAAUAGUGCAAAUUCAAACGCAAAUGCAAGCGCUGACCAAACCACAAUUGAUCAUGCUGCUAGAAACUCAAAUGACUUCCAUGAUGUCGAGGACCCGGUGGAGGGGAUUGUAGAGAACGGCGAUCAGGAAGAGCCCCAGCCACCAGUUGAUGGCAUACACAACAACGCAGGCCCCUUACCGCAAACAAGAAACAGUAUCGCGGUUACUCCUCGAGUUCCAAUCCCUAAUGUUCACGAUAACGUGGGGAUGGCACUUGAACACGGGAAUCUAGAGGUCCCGCCAGCUGCCCCACCAGGAAGUAACCGUGAAUCGGGUGUUCAUCCAGAGGAUGCCAACAUAAUAAGGUGGCUAGUAGAGAAAGGUUAUCUGGACGAGGAAAAAGCUACCAUAUACAUGGCCUCAGGCACCUUGCCCCCGCCUCCCGGAUUCCCUCCUCAUGGUGGCGAGGUGGAAAACCCUCGUCGUUCUAAAAAGCCCCGCCAACACAUUCCCGCCAACAACACAAACACCAGCAACUGA